UUACACCGGGCUUGGAGGCAUUUGUACAUGGCGUCUCAAGAUAGAUACGGUGUCGUGUGGUAUCUUCUCCGUAAUACUCCUCAUGAUCCCACAAAAAAAACUUCCGGAGAAGUCCAGAAGCUUGCAGCGUAUUCGCCGAACAGCCCCAUAUCCCAUUCUUUCCAGAAACGUCCAUUCCCCUGUUUAAAUAUCACCAAAACCCACUCCCUUUCUUCCACCGAUUCAGUCCCUGAUUUGAUCAAUCCAUUCCAUUACCAGCCAAAUACUUCAAUCAGAGCAAGAGAAAAAAGAAAAAUGUCAAUUUCCAUUUCAAACCCAACUAUUUCUCUGCCCAUAUCAUCCCAAAGGAAGUGCAAACUCCUGUUUCCCAAGUCCCCAAAUUCGUUGAGAAGUCCAAUCGGACAUGGUGGGAAGAGAGGUGGGAGUAUCAGUGUCGUUGCGAGGGCUGCAGAUGGAAGAGACAGUCUUGACCAUUUGCAGAGAACAGCAGCCAAGAGCCAGACCCAACAGCAACCCAAGAAAAGGAUUGCCCAAUCUGCACCUAUAGGGCUAUGGGACAGAUUCCCAACAGCAAGAACAGUGCAGCAAAUGAUGGAAACAAUGGACAGAAUGAUAGAGGACCCUGUUCCCUACGGCUACCCGGCGGCAACCUCGUAUCCGGCCGAGACCGGCGGAUACAGCAGGGGAAGGACGCCAUGGGAAAUAAAGGAAGGAGAAAAAGAUUACAAGAUGAGAUUCGACAUGCCCGGGAUGACCAAAGAAGACGUGAAGGUCUGGGUGGAGGAGAAGAUGUUGGUUGUGAAAGGCCAAAAAGUGCCGAAGAAGAAGAUCAACGGCGAAAAUGGAGAAGAAGAGGAAGGGGAAUGGCCUGCCAAGAGCUAUGGGAAGUACAGUUUUAGGAUUGCAUUGCCUGAGAAUGUCCGGUUUGAGAAGAUUAAAGCUGGGGUCAGAGAUGGGGUUUUGUAUGUUAGUAUACCUAAGGCUGAGAUUAGUUCUAAGGUUUUGGACAUUAAUGUUGAAUGAAGUUUUUGAGUGAGAAAGGGUGAGAGAUAUAUUAACAAGUGGAAAAGAUUGGAAGGCCUGUUUAGUUUUUGUUCUUUGUUUUUUCGUUUUAAGGAUGCCCAUAUGUUGUUUUAUGAGUGGAAGGUCUUUUUUUUGCUUGCCAAAUCUUGAAUUUGUCAAUUGUGAUGAAGCUUUGGAAUAAUUUGGAGCUCUAGAUCAUUGAUUGUUUUU